AAUACGACCGACGUAACUUGGCGAGUCCGAACUUCGCGCAGAAGGCUGCGCACAAACGUUUUUAGGAACCAAAUGGUGGUAUGAGCAACGUGCGCGGGGCGGAGGUCUAGGCUAGGGAUUGACUCUAUGUAAACACAAUCGUCCCUUUAUUCAAUCAAAUAUCACAAUCGAUUUUUAUCGGUUUGGAAUUUAUUGAUUUUUGUUUAUAUGAAAUAAUGAAUGAAAUAGAUUUACAAACAUAUUGAAUGUUGUCGUUAGUAAACGAGACUUCAUCUUUAAUAAAAAAAAAAACUAAUAACAUUUUAUUUUCUUGGUUGAAAGACAUGAUUUAGUUGAAUAUCAGUUAUUUAUCAACAACUACUACAAUAGGGACUGUUCGUGAAUAUUUUAAACCUCCUAUAAAAUGGAAUAUAAAUAUAUAUUUUUAUAUAAAUUUUAAUCAAUUUGAAAAAAAAUCGAUUAAACAACAUCCUCAAACACGCAUAUUGGACAUCCCUUUUCUUGACAUCGUAUAAAUUCGGUAAUUCUCGGUAUGCGGUAAUGUGUCUCACUCACACGCUAGCAUUAGUGUCGUGUUCGUGUCGCUAUCUCUGUCUUGAGUACGGGCGGCUACAAAAGUUUUCAUUGAUUUGUUAUUAUUAUACUGUUUUUGUUUAGUGCUCAGUUUUUUGUUUAGUUUUAAGAUUGUUUGUGUUUAAAUUUGUUUUAGUAUUGAGUGUCCCUUGGCAUUUAUACUAUUCGUUAACAAAGAUGCCACCAAAGCAUAAUAGUGUUUUAAAUCGACGGCCGACAAACAUAAUUUUUGAUUUUUUUUUAAAAAGAAAAAGAAGGCGUAAAAGAUGUUGACAGUUUUAUUUAGAGUUGCUAACGAUCUGGUGUAUCGCAACGCACAGUACAGCGGAUCGCAACUGAAGGCAGUGUUCGGGCUUACUUUCGAAUUAAUUUAAUUACGUUAUUUUUACCGCUUUCUGUCUUAAUUUAUUAUUUUUUUAUUACCUCUCUUUAAUUUAUUACGUUAUUUUUAUAGCUUUCUCUCUCAUAGUGUUUUGAUAUUCAUUUUAUUUGUACUUGGUCCCUGUAUAUGGAAAUUUUAAUUCGUAUUUUGAUUUUAAAAAAUGAAUGCUAAUAACACUUUUUUUUACAAGUGUACAUGCGCGAAAGUUGACCUGCGGCUAUAUUCAGACUCGCCAAGUUACGUCGGUCGUACUGUAUACUAUUUGAGUAGGAUACAGCGUGGCAGCGUUCAUAGAAGUUCAUUUCGUCCGUCAGUCGCUGAUUUAUUUUGGACGUAGACACACCUCUGUGUCGGACGGUCAGAUUGAAACAACAACGCAGGCACAAUAGUACCGUACCAUACCGUAACAAUUUUGUAAAAUUAUGGCUGAACAAAAUUUGUCAUCUAAAGAAAUUUUCCAGUUGGAAGACAAAUAUGGUUGUAGAAAUUACGCUCCCUUGCCUGUUGCUUUAUGCCGAGGUGAAGGAGUGUUCGUGUGGGAUGUCGAAGGAAAAAAGUAUUAUGAUUUUUUAAGCGCCUACUCCGCAGUUAACCAAGGUCACUGCCACCCUAGAAUAAUUGAAGCUUUGAAGAAACAAGCUGAUAAUUUGACACUAGUGUCAAGAGCAUUUUAUUCCGAUCAACUUGGCAAGUAUGAAAAGUAUAUGACAGAGUUAUUUGGAUAUGAUCGCCUGCUUCCUAUGAACACGGGUGUUGAAGGAGGUGAAAGUGCAUGCAAGAUAGCACGUAAAUGGGGGUACGAAGUCAAGAAGAUACCUGAAGGCCAAGCUAAGAUAAUUUUUGCGGAAGGAAACUUCUGGGGGCGAACUCUAUCGGCGGUAUCAUCAUCAUCAGACCCAACCUGCUACCAGGGCUUCGGACCGUACAUGCCGGGCUUCAUUCUUAUUCCCUACAACAACAUCCCAGCUUUAGAGAAAGCUCUCCAAGAUCCGACAGUCGCGGCUUACAUGGUUGAACCGAUUCAAGGAGAGGCAGGCGUCGUAAUACCUGACGACGGCUAUCUCAAGAAGGUUCGAGAGCUAUGUACAAAGCACAACGUGUUGUGGAUUGCGGACGAAGUACAGACUGGAUUAGGUCGCACAGGCAAGUUGUUGGCUGUGGAACACGAAGGCGUGAAACCAGACAUACUAAUACUUGGCAAAGCACUCAGCGGGGGUGUCUUGCCUGUUUCCGCUGUUCUAACUAGCAACGACAUUAUGGAUGUGAUAAAGCCAGGCACUCACGGAUCAACGUACGGAGGAAACCCUUUGGCGUGCGCUGUAGCCACAGAAGCUAUUAAGGUGCUACUGGAUGAGAAGUUAUCGGAAAACGCUGAGAGGAUGGGCAAAAUACUACGCGAAGAGCUGAGUCAGAUACCAAAAACACAGAUUCGUACAGUUCGAGGGAGGGGACUGAUGUGUGCUAUUGUAGUGGAUGACAGCAUUCCAGCAUCGGAGUUGUGUCUCCGCCUGCGCGACAAUGGCCUGCUAGCGAAGCCGACGCACGGACAGACCGUGCGCCUCGCGCCGCCGCUCGUCAUCACAGAGGCACAGAUACGAGACGGCGCUGAUAUCACCAGGAACGUCUUCCAAAGCUUUCAAAAAUAAAUAUGAGUCUAUUUGAAGGUCCAUUAGCCCACAAAUUGUGUUACAAAGCCACUAUACUAUCUUAGGUGCGUUACAUAAAAUUGUGAAUUUUUUGUUUAAUUUAUGUAUUAAACAAAAAUAUAUUAAGAAUGUUCCUUUUGUAAAAUGAGAUAUUUACUAAUCAUUACGAUUUAUUUUUAUUACUAUAAUUAUGUUAUAUGUAUUCAUAAUAAAUAAUACUUGUCUUAAGGUUUUUUAAAUUUGAUUAUGAUUGUAUAUGAGGUUGCCACCUUUUUUUUGCAGAUAAAGUACAUUGGUUAUUAUAGGUAGGAAAAAAGUACAUAGUAUUAAAAUAAAGUGCAAUUUAUUUAUUUAUUAUUAUUAUGUUUAGAUACCUACAUAUUUUUAUUUUAAUUGAACAAAUUAACCAAGAAAUUUUGACAAUUAAUGACAUUGACAUUGUUGACAUUUGAGGUUAAGAUCUCUAACCUAAGAGAUUAGGUGAUGUGGCGUUAACGAAAAAAUACAAAUGACUAAACUUUUCAAUAUCCCAAAGAAACUAAAUCAUGCGAAAUAAAGUAUUUUCGUGUAUUUACGUAAUUAUAAAGUACGGGUGGCAAACCUGAUUGCAUACCUACUAUUUAUAGUGUAGAUUUAGAAACGAAUAAUUAAUUUUAUUUACACACAAUUCCUAUGGAUAUCAAGCACAUAUAUUUAUUGUGAAAUGUGAACAUAUAUUUACAAUCAAAAUAAAACAAAUUUGAAUAACA